AUGACCCAGAACUUGAAAAGGCUACAGAAUCUGAAAGAGAAUUUAUCUCCUGAGUCUCCAGCUAAUGAAGAAGAAACAGUUGACCUUGAUCUGAAUGAUCCAGAACUUGAAAAGGCUGCAACCCAAAUUCAAGCUUCCUUCAGGGGAUAUAAAACCAGACAGAAUCUGAAAGAUAAUGGAUCUGAAUCUCCAGCUAAUGAAGAAGAGAUAGUUGACCUUGACCUGAAUGACCCAGAACUUGAAAAGGCUGCAACCCAAAUUCAAGCUUCCUUCAGGGGAUAUAAAACCAGACAGACUCUGAAAGAGAAUGGAUCUGAAUCUCCAGCUAAUGAAGAAGAAACAGUUGACCUUGAUCUCAAUGACCCAGAACUUGAAAAGGCCGCAACCCAAAUUCAAGCUUCUUUCAGAGGCCAUAAAACCAGACAGAAUCUGAAAGAGAAUUUAUCUCCUGAGUUUCCAGCUAAUGAAGAAGAAACAGUUGACCUUGAUCUCAAUGACCCAGAACUUGAAAAGGCUGCAACCCAAAUUCAAGCUUCCUUCAGAGGCCAUAAAACCAGACAGAAUCUGAAAGAGAAUUUAUCUCCUGAGUCUCCAGCUAAUGAAGAAGAAACAGUUGACCUUGAUCUCAAUGACCCAGAACUUGAAAAGGCCGCAACCCAAAUUCAAGCUUCUUUCAGAGGCUAUAAAACCAGACAGAAUCUGAAAGAAAACGAACCUUCUGGUAAUGAAGAAGAAACAGUUGACCUUGAUCUGAAUGAUCCAGAACUUGAAAAGGCUGCAACCCAAAUUCAAGCUUCCUUCAGAGGCCAUAAAACCAGACAGAAUCUGAAAGAGAAUUUAUCUCCUGAGUCUCCAGCUAAUGAAGAAGAAACAGUUGACCUUGAUCUCAAUGACCCAGAACUUGAAAAGGCUGCAACCCAAAUUCAAGCUUCCUUCAGGGGUUAUAAAACCAGACAGAAUUUGAAAGAAAACGAACUGGAUGCCAUUGAUGUAAAGGGUUCUGACCAAGAAAUGAUUUCUGUGAUGUCUUAUACUAGUAAAAAACCAGAUGAAUUUUACAUGAUUUCUAAUAAUGAGCUUGGGUAUAUUGAUUUAAAUGAUCCAGAAUUAGAGAAGGCUGCAACUCAGAUUCAAGCAUCAUUUAGAGGAUAUAUGACCAGACAAAAUCUAAAUAAAGAUACACUAGUCACAGAAGAUCAAGAUGUCAUUGACCUCAAUGAUCCAGAACUCGAAAAGGCAGCUACUCAAAUUCAGUCAUUAUUUAGGGGUUACAAAACAAGGAAAAAUUUAAAAAGUGAUCCCCAUGAGCAAAAGGUAAUAGAGGUACAUGACAUUGAUCUUGAUGCUCCUGACUUGCAUAAAGCAGCAUCACUUAUUCAGGCCAGAUUCCGAGGUUACCAGUCACGGAGGAGUGCUAAGGAUUGCAAAUCUCUUGUGAAAGAUGAUAUAGAUGACAUUGACUUGAAUGAUCCAGAGGUUCUUAAAGCAGCUACUUUAAUUCAGGCUUCAUUUAGAGGUUUCAAAACAAGGAAGGGUACCGAACCACCUAAGCCAAGGGAGUGUGAAGGGAAUGACACUCACCUGAAUGGUCAUGAAAACAAUGAAGGAAUGCAGGACACUGUUAAUGGCAAGGUGAUGGACAAUGGAGAAGAUAAGGAGUUUGCUGAAAAAGCAGCUGAAAGAACAAAUGGGCAAGAAGGCACCAGAUACAUUGUAGAACCAUCAAUAAUAGUAACAGAUACCGAAACAAACACAGUGCUCCAAGCCAAAGAUCUAGAUGAUUCAACAGCUGAUAACAAAAACACAUUGGAAGUUGGCCAAGCUGGUGACAGUGACUGGUCUAAUGUCUCCAGUAGAGAUGCUAGCCCCUCCCCAGACCAGAGUGGACUCAAUGCUCCUGUUGACAUCACAGAGCUCAACACUGCAGCAACAAAGAUUCAAAGUAUCUUUAGGGGAUACAGAACAAGACAACAGAUAAAAAAACAUCGCACCAACGGCCCUGCACAUAGCAGAAACAAGGCGAAAAGAAGAGGUUCAUGCGGCAAAGACAAAGAAAAUGCUGCAGCCACGAAAAUCCAGGCAGCUUUCCGUGGCUUCAAGACGAGAAAACAUAUGAAAAAUACGUCGAGCAAACCUUCUUACCGCAGUUUGCCACGUGGACUGCAGCAGCGGAGGGAUAGUCUGGAAGCAGCGCAAAAGGAGGCUCGGCGAGGUAGCCUUACGAGGGACGUCCUGAUGGCCAGCGUCCUCGAGGAGCGAAUGCAGCACAGAGAACUACCACCAGAGGAUCCAGCGUUAACAAAAGCAGUUGUGACUCUACAAGCUGGUGUCCGAGGCUACCUUACUCGCAAGCACAUGGCAGAAGAGCGGGCGGCAUCUGAUCCAUCUAACGCAGACCAAAUCAAUGCAGAGGCAGCAGCUACAAAGAUCCAGGCUGGGUUUAGAGGUUACAAGACCCGCAAGAUGUUGAGGGAGAGAGCGCAGGCCAGCUUGGAUCUCAGUGAUCCAGCUGUGAUCCAGGCAGCUGUUAGGAUACAAGCUGCUCUCCGUGGACAUCUUGCCAGGAAGGAAUUGAGAGGAGCGUCCUAA